AGCUGAGUGUAUUUGUACGUGAGAAUUUCUUUCAACAAUAUUUUUUCAGCGAAGUAGUUGAUCGGUUUUACUAAUUUACUCGACUAAACACCUCAUUAAUUUUACCUAUUUGCUUUGAUGUGAAAUAAAGACGACCAAUUCUCCUAAUUUUGUGACAUUUGUCGCAAGUUUCUAAAUGUGUUAGACAACACGUAUGUAAUAUGGUGUCGAUUUUUAUGAUUUUAAUAUUAUCGAUAUUUUCAAUUCUCCAAAAUGGUGUCGAAUCUAAACAAUGUUACGCUGAAAGUAACUUCACUGGUCAAACAUACAGUUGGUUUACUUCGUAUCCUUAUGGUCGACGAUCUGAAAUGAAGCCUCUUGAAGGUUGCGAAUUUAUUCACAUGUGGGGACUGGUGAGACACGGAACCAGAUAUCCAUGCAGUAAAGACGAAGCAAUGAUGAAGAUAAGUACUGGAUUACGAGAUGCGAUUAUAACAAAUCAUAGAGAGAAUCUUGGAGAAUUAUGUGAGAAAGAUUUAGAAGAACUGAAAAAGUGGAAAUCUAAAGCGGUAAAAAAAUUGAAAAUGAAAUUAACCAGUCAAGGUGUCAAAGAUGUGGCCUUUCUUGCCGAAAACGUGAAGAAAUAUAUUUCCAUGGCGGAAAACUCAUCUAAUCGAGAUCAAUUUUUUGAGUUCGCGAGUAGCGAUACGAAUCGAACCAAGCACACAGCUUUGAUAUUUAGCAAUGUUCUACUGGACACACGCUUCGAUACAAUUCAUGGAAACAAUAUUGAAGUCGAUGAUAUAUUUCUAAAUUUUGAGAAUCAUUGCUUCUUGUACGAUAAGCUAAUCGAAAGGAAUCGCCAAGUACAUGAAUUCAAAAAAUCCAAGUAUUAUAAAGAAAUGACCAAAAAAGUAAGCAAGCGCCUAGGUUUCACAGAACCUUUGUCAUCGGGGACAAUCACCAGUAUGUAUCUGAUUUGCUCCUAUGAAAAAGCGUGGUAUCCUGAAUCGAAACCUGCAUUCUGUGCUGCAUUUUCGUUGGAUGACUUAAAGGUACUGGAAUACAAUAUAGAUACGUUAUUAUACAACAAAAGAGGAUAUGGAAACCCAAUUGCUAACAGAAUGGGAUGUCGGGUUGUUAACGACAUGAUGAUGUCAUUAUUACAUGCUUCAACGAGUGAUGGCGACGAAAAAAAACCCAAAGGUAGAUUCCUUUUCACCCAUUCAGAAACAAUUGUCCCCACAACGACCAGGUUAGGCUUGAGUAAAGAUGAAGAACCCAUGACAGCUGACAAUUACCCGAAAUUAGUCGAGGACAGGAAAUGGAAAACCGCUUAUUUCGACUGUUUUACUGGUAAUAUAAUGGCAGCGUUGUACAGAUGUCCUUCUCAAGAAGGUUCUCGAGACGUUGUGAUGUUUUAUCAAAAUGAAUAUCCUGCUGUGAUUCCUGGAUGUACUUCUGAUCCUUGCACGUUAGAAGAAUUACAGAAGAUUUUUCCACCAGAUGAAUGCAAUAUGGAAUUCUGUUAUCCUAAAAACGUUCAUUGGUAAAAAAAAAAAAUCAGUCGCAUUUUCAUUGGUCGAAAACACCCGAGCUAUUCUACUUUUUAGUUCGAGUACCUCCCAAUUUAUAUUCUUAAAACUGUCAACGAUUUGAUGAAAAAUUUACAUCCAGCUGUAGUGCAUGUCUCAAAAUAAAAUACUAUAGCAUCUAUAAGGAAAA